UAUUUGAAUUUCGGAACACUCAGUUUAUUUUGGAUAUAUUUCAUCCCAAAUUAAAAUUGAGUAUAAAUAAGUUUUUAAGGCACGAAAACAAAUUACAGUACAUUAUUGUGAAUGAUAAAAGGUUGCUGAAAAGGCUUGAAAUAAGAGUUGAUUAAUUAUGAGAUCAUAUUCAAGAGAAAAUUGAAUUUGAAAAUCUGGGAAGGAAAAAAAUUGCUUAAAGAAAAAUGAGCGAAUCUGAAAAACGAAAUAGAAGUUUAACUCCAUGUUUGGAUGAAAAUCGUGUAGAUGACGAGAACUGUGCAGAUAAUUCAAAGGAAAUAGAGCUAUCGGACAUUUCUGAUGAAGAUGAGGAAUGGUCAGAGUGCAAUAAUAGAAGCGAUAAUAUUCGUACGAAUGGAAAUAAUGGUGAUCAAUUGAAGGAAUCAGCAUUCAAGAAAAUUACAAGAAAUAAUCGUGAAAGAAACUAUAGAGAUAAUGUGAGAAGGAAAACUGAUGGACAUGAUUAUUAUUCGAACCGAUCAAAUAUGAGGCGAUUUGAUAAUAGUCGACGGAAGGAGAUUGAAAGAUAUAAUGUUAGAAAAGUCAUUGCAAAUCGUGAGUUCUCAAUAUCACGAUCCAGAAGUAGAAGCUUUUCGCUAUCACGAGUGGAAAUUCCGUCUCGUCAACCGAAGCAUUCAUCAUUUUCACCAAAACGAGAUAUUUAUAAACAAUCAUUAUCCCCUGUGUCACGUCAAAAAAGGUAUUCACCGAUAUCGCCUAGACAUUCCUCAUCACCAGAUCAAUAUCGCGCUUUUCCAUACAACAGACGAUCACUGACGCCACAAGAGGUUGCUAGACGAAGCCGAAGCAAACAUAGGCACACAAAAACCCGAUCAAUUGAUAAAAGCUUAAAGAGAAGGAAGCACAAGUCGAAAGAUCAUCAACAUAAGAAACAUAAGAAAUCUCGAUCAAAAUCAAAACGUCAUUCAUCUCCAUCUUUAUCACCUGAACCCGUAUUAAGGAAUAAUCAUAUUUCACCAUCGCGUCAAAUUAUGAAUGUCUCAAAUCCGAAUCUCCAGCAUCAAGAAAACAUUAGAAUCAUAUUGAAAAAUGAAGAUUUUAUUAAGCGUCAGAAGGUUAAGAAACGGGAUAAGAAGAGUAAAAGAGAUAAAAGUUCACGUAAAGAAACUCGCGACAAGAUAUCACAAAAAACGUCAAAGGAACAGCAACCACAAAAGAAGGAAGUUUUUGCAUCAGGUGAUAACAUCGUAAUAAGUGUUUGCUUUAACAACAAUAACAAUAGCACUGGAAGUAAUAAUAAUAAUGUCAUAAGUAAGGAUAGCAAUAAUGAUCAUAAUAAGUUAAAAACAGAUAUAGUGAGUGAAGAUAAAUUAUCAACAAAACCGAAAUCUAAAAAGAGACAAGCAUCUCCAGCUGAAUCAAUUAGAUCAAAUGAGUCGUUUGAUAAAACGGAGAGACGGCAACGAAAACACAAACACAGCAAGAAAGUAAAGAAUAGAAGGGAAAUGAUUCAGAGUAAAGAGCCACAUACACCUCCAAUGAAUCCACCGAGUAAUGCGGCUAAGAGAAAGAAUGACGCAAAACCUAUUGCAAUAAUUGAUUUAGAGAAAUCUCCAGGCAAGGAAGUUACACAAUCGCCUAAAGAAGUCAUCAUUUUAUCAGACAGUGACGGUGAAAAUAAGAAACGUGAUGGAGGAAAUAAAGAUAUUGUAAUAAUUGAGGAUACGAUUUUAGAAAAGGGUUUAUCGAAUAGAAAUCAUUUAUCGCCACUUCGUGAACAUCAUACUCCUCCUGAAUCCCCACCACUUGCUAUUGCACAGCCAGGCUUGAAAUUUUCAAUUAAAACAAAGUCAAAUAUUCUACCAUUCAAUUUAUUACAUGAUCAGGCUGAGGAAGUUGAAGAUAUUCAGAACGUUAAUAAUGUAAAUCCUAAUACAAAUGAGCAACAAAAUAUCAUCAAGCAACAAGAAGUAACAAAUAAUACGAGUGAUGAUAAAAAUACAAACAAUAAUAAUAAUAAUAAUAAUAAUAAUCUGAAUGAGGCAUACGAUCCAUUCGAACCUACGAAAUCAGGUUCAACAUCGCCAAUAACGCCACCACCUCCAAAUGAAGUACAUUCGAAUGAUAUUAACAAAAACAGCAACAAAUUAGAAGGAUUAAAUGAAAAAAUUCAGCUCCUUGGAAGUAAAGAUUCCAGCCAAAUUCCAGGACUUGAAGAACAUCAAGCAAAUCAGCAACAGCCAACUGGCUCAUUAUGGAAUAGAAAGGAAUUUGAUAAGAAAUCAUCACAACCUUUAACACCACCAACAUUUGCAUUUUCUUCGUCUAAUGCAUCAAUGAAUAAGUCUCAUAUACCGUCACUGUAUGAUGGCAUUUAUGGAAGUGAUUUAAAAACGCCAGUUGUGCCAAGUCCAAUAAAAUCAAACAUUAAACCAUCUCAAAUUGAUAAGAGUAACGACGAUGAUGACGAUAUGACUCCAUAUUCUCCGAGCUCUGAUGGUUAUGGUGGAUCAAAUAACGAUUAUGAUCCUCCACCGCAAACGUCAAUUCAUCAAAGUAAAAAUUCUUUUGAUAAUAUUAAGCAUAGUGAUACACAAAGUAGUGAACCGAGUGCAUCCUAUUCGUUUGGAAACGAUGAUACACCUACAAAAACUACACCAUUAAAAUUAACAGCUUCUACACUCAAAAGCUUUAAUAGCACCAUGCGAACUAGUUCUUUACAAUAUGUAAAUAAAGCUGAAUUAAGUAUUUUUGAAAACUAUCUACCUGCAUCUCAGCAAAAAUCACCUCUAGUUAAACGACAGCCUAAUUCGUCAUUUUUGCGAACUAAAAUGAGUCGUUUUACCAGCAGUAUGAAUGAAAAUGGAUCACCGCAUCGAAACAUUUCAUUUGCAGACUCACUAAAACCUCCUGUAAUCGAUGAAACGAUGCUCGACGAUGAUGUUCCUAGUUCCGCUGUUGAUCUUGCGAAUAAAGAUAGGGUAAAGUUCCUUAAAAAAUCCUUGCGGAUUGAGCGUGUUGCAGAAGAAGUUAAAUUGGUAUUGAAGCCACAUUACAACAAGAAGCACAUAACGAAAGAAGAGUAUAAAGAAAUUCUGAGGAAAGCCGUACCGAAGAUAUGUCAUAACAAAACAGGAGAAAUAAACAUACAAAAAAUAACACAAUUAAUCGAGGCAUAUAUUAAGAAAGUGAGGUAUAAGAGGAAAAGCGGUAUCGCAAGUUCAAUAUAAAAGUGAAUAUUUCAUUUAUUCUCUCUAUCAUAAGGAAAAAUACAUUUAAUAUUGCUUGACUAUAAAUACAAAUUGUAGAAAUCUAAUAAAACAAAAGUUCUAGAAAUAAAUUAAUUUUAAUUAAUUCUAAAAAUUAUGCAUUUGAUAUAUUACUUUCAAUUGAGUACUUUACAUGAUUAAUUAUCUUUUCGAUAUUUUCGAUUCCCAAACUAAGAUUAAGAUUUAAAAGAUUAAACUUUUCGAGAUACACAUAAAGUUUUUCGUAAGGAAAUAACUGAGGAAUAAGAACCUUAGUGUACACUUUUGGCAGAGUUUUGUUGCUCUCAUCACUUAAAGGAACCAUAUCUAUACAUUCACUCUCAAUUAUGUAUACUUUUUCAGUCGGUUGGCUUUCUACUAUUGCAGUUCUUACUCUGACAUGAUUAUCCUUGUUGAUUUUUAUAAUUAUUUGUCCAUUCGGAAUCAAAUUUGAGUAAAUAUUAAAGAAUUCGACUUUCAGUAACGCUAAAAUUCGCUCACAAUUUCCAACUAUUGAGAUUCUUUUUCGAACAUCCACAAUUUCUGCUGAUUUCAUUAUUUGCUGUGUAUCAUUAAUUGCGAGUGCAUUGAGUAAAUUGAACAAUAUGAUAGUGAUCAGUAGAACGAAUGUCAAGAAAAUUACAGAAUUGAACCUAUCAUCUGGUUCAAGCUUCAUUUUGUCAAAAUCAGACAGCAUCAUUCUUAUGACUGUAAUUACUGAUAUCAAAAUAUUCUCGAAGCCAUUGUAAUCUUCUUCUUGCUGUUUAUUAUCCUUAGAAUUAUUAUCACCAUCUUCACUUUUCUGUACGGCAAUUUUAGUUCCAUAAAGUGUGUUAAAUGCCAUUGCGAAGGCAAAUAAAAGCAUAAAGUAAAGCAUAAUGAAUUUGAUGAAAGUCUUUGAAACUUUCUUGAAGAUUUCCAACUGAAGUGAUAAUUUUGAAACUCUGGAUAAUAAAAUGAAGCUUUGAACUGCUAUGACGAGAAAAAGAACUGCUCUCAAUUUCCGAAAUGAUUCCACAUCAUUUGCAAAAAUAUUUAGAAGCACAACAUAAGCCAGAAAUAAUAAUGUCCAAUCUACCCAGUUACUAAGUUUGAAAAAGUAAGUCUUCCAUGAAAAAAUCAGCUGAAUAAUCUCACAGAAUGUCAAUAUUAAUGUCCCGAUCAAGCAUAUAGUAUAAGACAUUUUGUUGGAUGCUAUAUAUUCCUUCAGAUUUUGAUAUUUUUGAACUGAAACAUUUAAAUGUUUAGUUUGAUCAUUAUUCUCAAAUGGAUAAUUCCAAAAUGUUCCCGGCAUUUGAGAUGUUUUUGUGAUUUCUGGUUCAUCUGUGGGAAAGUGAAUAGAACUGUCUGUAUAUGGAUUAGCUUCUCGUUUUUUUCUCUUCCCAAAUAAAGCAUCCAAAACAUUUAUGUUUUCUAAUUCAUUGAUUUGCGUAAUUGUGCUUGAAAACUCGGCAAUACCAAUUCUUGAACCUAUUUCAUCCUUUAGAUUGUUAAUGCUUUUACCAUUGUAUAAAUCAUUACUGAAAAAGUUCAGUAUAAAAAGGCUCAAAUAAACGAAAAAUAUAAAGUAUAGAAAUAAUGCUAUAUAGACCAAAACAUUCACUCGUUUCCAUUUCAAUUCAAGAUAAGAAGUCAAAACAGGAUGAAUCAUUAAAUUUUUAAAUCUUGGCUGUGAUGCAAUCAAUUUUAAAGCUUUUGUUUCAUCAUGUCGUGUCAAUGAAUAUUUUGGAGGAAUCAAAAACUUGUAAUUAAUUUGGACUGCACAAUUUUGAUCACUAAUAUCACUUGUUGGAACUAUGCUUUCAUCCAAUACUUUCUUAAAAAUAUCCUCACUCAAAUUAUUGACUAUGCAUUCGUGUCCUAUAUAUGCUCCCCUUCUUAAAAGUUCAUAAAUUAUGUCUUUAUGAUCAUUUUCACAGGCAUACAUUAAUGGGGUUUUUCUAUUGUGAUCAAAUCCAUUUACAAGAUUAUAAUCACAUCGACGAUCUUUUAUUAUUAAAUUAAAGCACUGUUGGAAAUCCUUAUCACACCCAGCAUUAUUCAUUGAACAGAUUUCAUGGAGUACAGAAUAAGAAUGCAGUUCACUCUGAAACUGAGCACAAUCAAGGUCCAAAAAUACUUUAACAAUUUUGGGUCGAUUCAUUUUUAUAGGAUAAAACAAUAAUGGCUUAUCGUCAAUUUCACAUUUGAUCAUUGUCGGAUUCAACGAGUCUAUAUAGUAUCCCUUGUAAGUUUCAUUUUGAGGUGUUUUAAGAAGCAACUUCUUUACUCCCUCGACAAAAUUCAUUUCGAUGCACUUCUUUAUUAGUUCUAUGAAAUGAUACAAUAUUUGAUUUUGAAGUUCCGUUUCUUGUAACAUUGUAACAAAUUCAUCUUCAUUUCCUUGAUCAAUAAGUUCAAGUAAAUUGGCAAUAUCCGUGACUGAUCGAUUACGAAUUAUCAAUUUUUCACUUUUUAAAUUACACACAAAACUUCUGUUGUAUUCAGAAUCACUUAUUUCUAUGCGAGGAAUGGAAUUGUUUAAGAAUGUCUGAAUCAGAUCAUUUUUAAUUUGAUCAUUUUGAAUUUUAUCCAAAAGAAACUCAAAUGGCGUAAUAUGUUCUGCAUUAAAAUGAUUUGGGUUACAACCGAGUUUCAAAAGAAUUUCAAUCAUCUCUUGACAUUCGUCUUUGUUUUCAGAAGUAAGGCUUUGCAAAACAUCAUGGAGAAAAUUAUUAUUGUUUACCACCUCACUAUACGAAACCAUAUGAUGUGUCUGGGUUUUUAAAGUCGGCAUAUUUAAAUGGUCUACUAAUGUUUUUAAGUUCUCUGCACAUAAUGACUUAAUGGCAUAAUCCAGUAGAUAGAAACCCCCAGAAUUUUUCUAUCAGAAAAUAAAACUGGUUAGACGUCUAUUUGGAAAUUUUAAAUCAUAGUAUAUCCAAAAUAUUUACCUUGUGAAAACUUUCCCCAUAUUUGAAGCAGAUUUUUAUAAAAUUUGAUGAUUUUGGUGUUGAAAGAAUAUGCUCCAUUAAUGAUGAUUCAGUUCCUGUGCUGUGUAAUGACACAUUGACAUUGUACGCAUAAGUUUCAAGGAGGAAUCGGAAUUCUUUUUCAUUCUGCU